AUUGUGACCAAUUGUGACUUGUUGUUGUUGUUACUUGUUUUUGUUUUCGGUUUGCAAUUGCAAGAUAAACUGAAAAUUUUAAUUUGUGUACCUAAUUUUAAAUUUUAUAAUCAUAUUUUAAUUAGCAGUAAUAAAUCAUGGCCGAUGUGGAUGAAAUAAUAGACUACAUGAAAUCACUAAAAAAAGGAUUCAAUAAAGAAUUAUAUCAAAGCAAAAUUGAUGAAUUGGGAUACCUUGUCGAAACUACUGGCUUAAAUUAUACGGACUUCCACACACUGUUUAAAGUGUGGCUCAAUUUGAGUAUACCAAUGGCGAAAUGGGUUGAUCUUGGUGUCUGUAUAGUACCAAAAGAGAAAGUUCAACAGAAAACUGUAGAAUAUUCUUUACGAUGGAUCCUUGUUAAUUGUGACAAUGCAAGCAACAUCACAAGGACUGGCUUUUUACUGGAUUGGCUCACAGCUGCUAUGGACACUGAUUCAAUCGAGAUGACUGCUUUAGAUAUUGGAUAUGAAGUAUUUUAUAUAUUAUUGACAUAUGAAGCAUUGACACAAUAUGUUAUUAAACUUUUAUACACACUGACAAAACCAGCUGAUGUGACAAGAAAAAGAGUUCUGGAAUUAAUUGAUUUAGGCAAAAAAAGAGAGGGCAAAAAGAACAUGUUUAGGCAGAUCCAAGUCUUGCUUGGUCUGUUUAAGUCGUACAAGCCACAAUGUGUGCCUGAGACUGUGCCCUCAAUAUCUAUACACACAGCCUUUAGAAAUGUCAAUUUAAAACUACUGGCUCACUUUAAAAAUAGUCAGAGCAAAAGGAACACUUUGAGUAAAGAAACAGGACAUUUAACGUGGAUAAAUCCAAUUAAUUCAAUAUCCAAAAAUAAGAAGUGUGAUCCACUGAUACCCAAUUUGGAGUAUUUAAACAUAGGCUCACAGCAAUAUGACAGCUCUGCAAAGAAGACUUAUUUGGAUUUUUCCGAUUCAAUAUCGCUGCUCCAAUACAGCAGUCGGCACGACAUGCGUCGCCCGGCGCGUCUACGAGCCUUGCUGUGCAACCCGGCGGGACUCACCUUGUUAGUGGUGGCCUCAGAAGGAGAUCACGCCUUUUUUUCCUAUAAUUUACAUCACGUUCUGAAUAAUUGUUUUCUAGAACAGUCUCCACAUAGCUACGCUGAGAAGCAGUACUUCUUGAACCAGCUCGCCACAUACCAAGCCACUCUGUUGCAAGGUCUGCCAGUGAUCACAGUCUUCUUGGCACACUACUUACCUUUUUGGAAUGAAAUGGAUUUCUUUGCUGAGAUUCUGAGACUUGUUGAAUGGGUGAAUGUUGAAAGUGUGGAUCACGUAGAAGUCAUAGUGAGCACUAUGGGCAAGGUGUUCCACAGAUCGCAGCCUUUGGAGCAGCGCGCCAUAUUGUAUGCUCUCACCAACAUGUACAUUAAUUUGAUAUACGCAAGUACACGAGAGCGGCACUAUUUUUUGAAUAUGCAACCUUCACACGAUGCCAUUGCUCGUUUGUUGAGAAUGGUGGCGUUUUACAUAAGCGAUAUGAGCAACAAAUGGUUGCAAGUAUCUCCUGAGAGCACGUGCGCGGUGCUGAGCGUGGUGCGCGCGGCGGUGCGGCGCGCGCGGGGCGAGGCGCGGUGCGGGCGCGCUGCUGGCGCCGUGCCGCGGCCGCUGUGCCUCGCCGCGCCGCUGUUGGCGGGCUCGGCGGCUGCACUGGACGCGCUGGCGGCGCUCUUGUUGCUGCACAAGGAAAUCUUCGUCGCAACGAAACACCGGAGCGACUUCACCGACCAACAAUUGCAAGAGAAGCGAUUAUUACAACGUUUCACGUUGGACUUUAUGAGCUGUUUCUCGGAGAAUAUUUUCAGCGAAUGCAAAAAGGGCAUAGUUUUCAGCAAAUUACACCCACACACUGUUGGGCAGCUGAUGGAUCUGAUACCUGAUGUGGACUCCAAACUGAGUAUACGGAACAAUUUGGCAUUCGCGUCUUACACGUAUAUUAUGCAUAAUAAAGACGCCAGGGAUAACACCCUCUGGUUCAAUGUCAUAGAUGAGGAGUUUGAUAAUUUGGCCCAGUUUGUUAAGCAUGCGAUGCCAGGGUUUUCUUGAUAUUAAUGUCGUAGAUUAUAAGAUUUUUUUUUUAUUCUUUACAAUUUAGCCCUUGAUUACAAUCUCACCUGAUGGUAAGUGAUGUUGCAAUCUAAGAUGGAAGCGGGCUAACUUGUUAGGAGGAGGAUGAAAAUCCACACCCCUAUCGGUUUCUUCACGACAUCGUACCGGAACGCUAAAUCGCUUGGCGGUACGUCUUUGUUGGUAGGGUGGUAACUAGCCACGGCCGAAGCCUUCCACCAGCCAGACCUGGACCAAUUAAGAAAACCUCAAUCGGCCCAGCCGGGGAUCGAACCUAGGACCUCCGUCUUGUAAAUCCACCGCGCAUACCACUGCGCCAUGGAGGCCGUCAGAUUUGACUUAUCGGACGGUAAUUUUACAUUGUAACGUGUGUGUAAUGUAAAUACACUUUAAGGUCUAUUUAUCCUCUACUAUAAGGAGAGAAACCGGCCUCUGUAGCCAAUUGGCACGUCGAUUCUCUUUCUACGUUCGCUAACGCUUCAAAAACUAGAAAAAUGUAUGGGAAUGACAUUUGUUAUAGACAGGUCACGUGAUCAAGAUUUGUCAUUCGCAUACAUUUUUCUAGUUUUCGAAGCGAUAGCGAUCGUAGAAAGAGAAUCGACGUGCCACUUGGCUACAGAGGCUGACCCUGAACUCUGAACCCUGGACCUAAACCUGAAGCCUGAAACAAUACUUACCAACUUUCACCUUUAUAAUAUUAGUGUAAUUUAGAUAUUAAAUUAAGUUAACAUACUUAUUAAUUAACAUAUUGGGUGUACAGCUUUUUUAUUGCCGUUCUUUUUAAACAUCACAGUUUUUAUUUUAUUAAAACAAGCUAUUUAUUUGGUGUUGAAAUCGAUAUAUAAUCUUUUUACAAGAAAAUUUAACCGACUUCAAAAUUACAAAAUAAACUACAAAACAAAAAAUAACAUCGUAUGUGCUGUGCUACCUUUUAAUCACUUUGAAGGCGGUGCCAAGCCAGUGGCAUAAUUAAAACCGUUUUUGAAAGAACCAUGGGAAAGAACCGUCUGAAAAUCCUAAAACUUGAUGAUCUAAACGGCUCGAGUUAAUGCAUCACUCGUGUUGGCACCGCCUUCAAAGUGAUCAAGUAACAUUGUGACGUCAGACGCCGAACUAAUUGUUAAUUAUUAUUUUUGUCGAACGCUCAGUUUUUAUAGGAAUUGUUAAUGUGACGUCAUAAAACACUUGAAAUAUAGACCAUCAUGGCCGACAGGCGUUUUGGCACGUAUUGUCAAAAAAUAUCAUGUAAUGACGUCUCAAAAAAAUUUGAUAAUUUUUUUCCAAUCUAGUAGAACGAUAAUGAACAAUUUAAGAUCAUUUUAAAAAAGUGUCAAGUAGCCUAUUGAGCACCUAUGAUAUUUAAAAAAAAUAUACUGACUGACUAUCGACAUUAUGGCCCAGUCGAAACAACUGAGGCUGAGCAGGAAUUGUUUGAUAAAAUAUUUGCCUUUGUAGAUUGUAACUGUCGGUGGUAAUGCUAGCCGUAAAUUAUGUUUUAAUUCAUGACAUUUUCUGUACGUACAUUCAAAAUUAUGUAUUUUUACAAUAAAGUAUUUUUUACGUU